AUGGCACCCGUCGGUCUUGUUGCGCGUCUGAAGACUCUGUACUCGAGACAGGAUGAAGAACCGGUUAUUUCGGCCCAGGCAGCCGCUGGUAUUUCUAUCUGCUUAACGCUGAUCUACGUGAUCCCAUUCUACGUAUCUUCCGCUACGCGGCCAUCCGCUACACUCAGUCGAGAUGCACCCUCCGUGAUCAGAGCCAGGAUCAGGGCGGUAACCCUAUCAUGUAUUAUCUGUACCUUGGCUGUUCUAUGGCUCAUUACUGCGAAGAACAAUGUCUCCUUCUUUGGUGCCCUCAAACUCAUGGGAUGGUGGCCCAUCGGCUUAUCGGAGGUCUUUCAGAGCUUACUUCUAACGGCCAUUCUCUUCACCGGCCCCCUUUUCGAAAGGGGGAUUGCCGAAGGAGAAUGGAGAGAAUGGGUCAACGGAAGCAAGGUCUCCGAGACACUUCGGGGCUGGAUCGGAUGGAGAAACUACGUCGCAGGCCCGAUCACAGAGGAGAUCAUGUUCCGGUCUGCCAUAAUCCCUCUUCAUCUUCUCGCCAAGAUCAGUCCAGGCCGCAUUGUUUUCAUAUCCCCUUUAUAUUUUGGGAUUGCACAUGUUCACCAUUUCUAUGAGUUCCGAUUGACUCACCCGGAUACCUCAAUUCUUGCCUCCAUGUUUCGCUCCAUUUUUCAGUUUGGGUAUACCACCGUCUUCGGUUGGUAUGCAACCUUUCUUUAUCUUCGAACUGGUUCUCUCCUGGCUGUCAUCUUGGUGCACACCUUCUGUAAUUGGUGCGGACUUCCCCGACUCUGGGGAAGAGUCGAGGGUCCCAUUGCGGUGAAACAUCCCCUGGUUAAAGGUAAAGAAUAUUCUAACCAGGGUUCCGUGUAUACAUACGGUCAGCUAGGCAUUGGUUGGAGUACUGCAUAUUACUCCCUUCUCAUUACAGGGGCUAUUGGCUUCUAUUAUAUGCUGUGGCCCUUAACAAACUCUGCCUAUGCACUGGUUGACUUCACGAGCCAGACCAAGUGA